AUGCAGCCAACAAGCAGUGUAGAAAUAUCCGAUGGCCUCCGCUCUGUCGUCUACUUCGUUGACUGGGCAAUCUAUGCCCGUAACUAUACACCACAGAAUCUUCCGGCUGAUAAACUAACUCAUGUUCUCUACGCAUUCGCGGGAAUUGACGCAAGAAGCGGGGAAGUGAGCCUCAAGGACAGCUGGGCCGAUAUUGAAAAGCAUUUUCCAGGCGAUCCGCAGGAAGAAGGGGAAAAUAAUGUCUAUGGGUGCGUCAAACAGCUAUUUCUCAUUAAGAAGAGGAACCGUAACCUAAAGGUUCUCCUCUCUGUCGGAGGGUGGGCCGACUCCCAUAACUUUGCACACCCGGCCAGCUCAGAAGUAGGAAGGUCUACUUUUGCAGAAACAGUGACCAGGCUGGUCCUAGAUCUAGGUUUUGAUGGUGUCGAUAUCGAUUGGGAAUAUCCCGAGGACGAUAACCAGGCGAAGGACCUCGUGGAACUCCUCCGUUCAGUUAGAAAGGCAAGUGUCCCGUCCCUCCCCCACACAAUACCCAGGCCUAACAUCCCACAGGCCCUUGACGGCGCAGGCGCUGGUCGCCGGUUUCUUCUUACCGCGGCAGUCUCGGCCGGGCCCGAGAAGUUCAAGAAACUUAGACUCUCCGAGAUGACCCCCCUCCUCGACUUCUACAAUCUGAUGGCGUAUGACUAUGUGGGGAACUGGCCAGGGUCCAGAAUGGCGGGCCAUCAGGCGAACAUAAAGCCAGCGCCUGAUAACCGAAACUCUACGCCAUUCUCGUCUAGUGCGGCUAUAGAAUACUAUACUGGUGCCGGCAAGGUACCGGCGUCAAAGAUAGUACUAGGCAUGCCGCUUUAUGGACGAGUGUUCGCCAACACAAACGGGCCAGGUUCACCAUUCUCCGGCGGGGGAGACGGAUACAGCUGGGAGGUGGGGGUAUGGGAUUACAAGGUGCUCCCACGGCAAGGGGCUAGGGAGCAUACAGAUAAAAAUUUUGGUGCUUCCUGGAGCUAUGAUGUAGAUCAGCGGCAGAUGGUUUCAUAUGACACGGUGCCAAUGGUGGUAGAGAAGUCGCGGUAUAUUGUGGAAUCAGGCCUGGGGGGGGCAAUGUGGUGGGAGGCGAGUGGGGAUAAGGGGGGAGCUAACGAUAGCCUUAUCGCGACAUAUGUCAAUUUCAUCCGAGGCAACAGGGCAUAUAACCUGGAGAAUAUGCCAAAUGCGCUAAACUUCCCGGAUAGUCGGUACGCAAAUCUGAAAGCCGGAUUUCCUGGCGAGUGA